UUCCUUCUGGGACCUAUGAGGCCGCAUUCAGCCCAUUUUCCGAUCAAAACUGUGACGUUUUGAUCAGAAUUUGGGCUAUUUUCAACUUCUGAUUUUAAAUACGAAUUUUCAGAGUAAUUUUGGUUAAUGAUGUAGAACCCAUCACCCACCAAUACAUCAACACCACUAUUCAUGUUCUACCAAAACAACAUGUUUCAGCUAUUAUACAAUGAUCGGAUGAUACCCCUUCUGAUUCCUCAGUAUACAGGAAAGGCAAAGAGGGAGAAAAAGAAGAAGGAAGCUUUGUGCUGAGGGAACCGUGCUCUGCUAGUUUCUUGGUUGGAUUCCUCCAUUCUACCAUCUAUUUUGUGUUUUAAGGAUUGUUUUGUGUUUGGAUUGUUUGUUAAUGUUUUUGUUAUGAAAGCAGAAAAUGUGAAGUUUAACGAACAGAGCCAUUGAUUUUCUUUUUUUGAUAAAUAACAGAGCCAUUGAUUUUCUUUUAUUUUAUAAACCCUAACGCCUACGGGAGACAAAGCGAAAGAGAAGCGAAGGCGGUGGUUGAAGAAGAAGAAGCGAUGGCGAAGUCAAUGAGGUCGAAGAAAGAGAAGAGGCUUCGAGCGAUUCGGAGAGAGAUAGUGGAGCCCUUCUACGACAACAAAGACGCCGCUAAGCUCGCUGCUCAGGAGGCUGCCCUCGCCGCCCCUAAGCUCCCCGCCCGUCCCUCUUCUACAAGUACCGAUACCACUACAACUACAAACGCUAUGGAUGUGGAGAUGGCUGAUGGGAAUCAAAACUUGCAUUCUUUAAAGCCUACCGGUGGAAUAGGGAAGAAGUCCAAAAGAAAAUUCAAGAUGGGUAAUGGCAAGCGCCGUGGUAAGGCCAAUAGGAGGAAGGACCAUAUUUGAUUCCAUAGCAGAUACUUGGUAACUGAUAUUUUUCUCCUACUGUAUUAAGUAAGGGCUUUCUUGUGGCCUUUGGGCAAUCUUGGUACUUCUAAGAUGGGUGUUUUUUGUAUUCUGAUUUUGUUUCUUAGGGAUUUAAG